AUGCACAAAAUCAGAAGAUCGAUUGACAAGGGCAUGGGAGCGGUUCAAUCGUCGAGAGAUGCAAACAGUGUGCAGAUAAGAGAGGUCGGCACGUCAGUGAUUCAAGGGGAACGGCCUCACCAGGAGGACAGGUUCAUCGCGCUGUCCCCUGGGAGCCUCAAAUCGAAUAAGAGCAUCGCGCUCUUCGCAGUGUUUGACGGGCAUGCGGGUGCAAUUGUGUCUGAUCACCUGAGGGAGAAUCUGGCAGGCUUCAUCGACGAGGCACUUUCUAAGACUUCGAAUCACUCACAAGAGACCUACAAGUCAGCAAUUCAAGAUGCACUCGACCGAGAAGAUGCGAUCGUCGAUCAGGAGAACUGGAGAGACGGCUCCACCCUUGCCCUAGUACUGAUCGACACAUCGCAGAGGAUACUUGUUGAAGCGGACCUAGGCGAUUCCCACAUGGUAUUUGCCGAACACACCAGACGCAACAAGAAGGAAGAAAACAAGCUCAACAAGCUGGAUCAUGCAUUGAGGGCCCAUCAUCUCGCUAAGGGCAAGGACGCAUGGAGUAUCAAGCGACUUUCCGUACCUCACGAUCCCAAAAGCCCAAGCGAGAGGAGGAGAAUUGAAGACGCUGGAGGUGAGGUGAAGUUCGAUACGGGCGCUGCCCGGGUUGGUGCUCUGGCAAUGACUCGUGCAGUAGGCGACACCGAGUUGAAGUUGCCAAGGGUCAACAACCUAGCUGGUCAUAACUUGACAGAUCUGGAUGGUGUCGAAACGGGCCUCAGACCGGGUGAGAAAGCGUCUGCAGAUCUUGUCACGAACAAGGCGCAUUUUAGCGUGCAGCAUCUUAAGGGUGAGAGCCUGGUUUUCCUUUCUACAGAUGGUAUCGGUGAGGAGAAGGAUGCAGAACUAGCGGCUCGGACUGCGACCGAAUGGAAGCGUGAAGGGUGGUCAGCGCAGCGGAUCGCAAAUGAGCUGACGAAGCGAGCUGGAAAGACGAAAGAUUCCGACAACUGUACCGUCAUCGUUGUAAGCCUGGAGGCACCAGACGGUGAAUAG